AUGAUAACGUCCCCUGCGUAUAUACACCUUAAGUCGAUGAUUAGUAAAUACGAGGAACACGGAAGCAAGUGUAUUCCCUGCAGUCAGGACGUUAGUGCUUGUAGCACCAAAUUUGGCCCAUUCACUGGGGAAGUUACAGCAGGAAUGCUAAAGGAUUUUGGAGUGGAUUGGGCAAUCAUAGGUCAUAGUGAACGCCGCGAAUUCAGCGAUGCUUCGAUAGUUGAAACUAGGGAAGUAAUUAACAAAAAGGUCAAGAAUGCGCUAAAGGCUGGCCUGAACGUCAUCCUCUGUGUCGGUAAGUUUUGGCCAAAAAAGAAAACGCGCGCAGGUGAACCUAAGGCACACAUAGACAUACGAUCAUCCGAAUAUGUCAUAGCACAACUAGAGAGCUUACUGGACGGGGUCGAUCUUAGUCAGAAGAGGCUAAUAGUGGCAUAUGAACCAUCCUAUUCCGUUGGAACAGGAGAACCAGUAGAUCCAAAAAAGGUCAACGAUAUCAUUGCAGAAAUAAGAAAGUGGUUAGACACCAGAGCAGUGCUACUUAAAUUCAUCUACGGCGGCUCCGUAGACGAGAAUAAUGCACCCUUGUACGUAAAACAAGAUAACAUUGACGGAGUAAUGGUCAGCAGAAUCGCACAUAGUGAAAAAUUUGGAAAAUUGCUAGAAAAUAUUGCGGCAAACUCAAUUGUUUAG